AUGGGUGUGCUGAGCUGCAUGAAGUACCUGAUGUUCAUCUUCAACGUGCUGGUGUUUGCGGGGGGAACAUGCCUGGCAGGCAUGGGAGUCUGGGUGGCCGUGGACCCGGCUGGUUUCCAAGACAUCGUGGCCACCAGGGCCGUGCUGAGCGCAGGCGCGUGGCUGCUGCUGGCCGUGGGCAUCGCCCUGUCCCUGCUGGGCUUCCUGGGCUGCUGUGGGGCCCUGCGCCGGAGCCGCCCGCUCCUGCUGCUGUUCUUCAUCCUCGUCAGCCUCGUCUUCCUCAUGCAGCUCAUUGGGGCCGUUCUCUUCCUGGUGCACUGGAAACAGGUCCAGCCUGAGCACUUCCUGUCUGAGCUGCAGAGGAACUAUGCUGGGGACGAGGGUGCUGAGGUGUUCUCCACAGCCUGGAAUACUCUGAUGGUCACGUUCUCGUGCUGUGGUGUUUUAGGACCUGAAGACUUUGGGAAUGGCUCCCGCUUCCAGGAGCUGCACCCAGGGAUGCCAUGGCCACGGGCAUGCUGUGCGCGGGAUGGGCUUCUGCAGGUGGGAGAACUCCUGGGCUGGGAGCAGUGCCAGGACAGAAGCCCUGGCUACAUCCAUGAGCAGGGCUGCUUCUCUACCUUCGGCAAGACCCUGCAGAGGUACAUCUCCCUCCCUGGGACCUGCAGCUUAGCUGUGCUAGGCAUUGAGAUCUUUGCCAUGUUCUUCGCCUUCUGCCUUUACUACAACUUUGACUGA